AACUGCUUGAAGGUUACACAACAGAAAAACAACUGAAGAAAUAAUAUUUUAAGCUGUAUUUUGAUAAAUAGAAGUACUAAUAGAGUCUACCCAAUACAUGACAGUUUUAGUGUAGUUAACAAUAUUCUAAAAGUUUAUAUCGACCUAAUUAAUUUCACGAUAAAUACAUUUUUACUCUUGUUUAAUCUAAAAAAUAAUUUUAGAUUUUCAAUAUUAAAAUAGCUAUUACACGCCAUGGAGAUUGGAAACCUAGUGGCCAUAGUUACUGGCGCUGCAUCUGGAAUCGGUUAUGCUUUUACCAAAUUCUUACUUCAGAAUAAUGUGAAGGUGGCACUCUGCGACAUAAACAUUAAACAAUGUCAGUCUGUUGCUAAUGAAUUUUCGAAAAUCUACGACAGCAAUAACAUUUUAGCUUUACAAUGUGACGUUACCGAUCAAGAUCAUUUUGAAAUUGCAUUUAAAUCAUGUAUAAAUCAUUUUAAGAGAUUAGACAUUGUUGUCAACAACGCAGGAAUAUUUAACGAAUCGAUGGAAAAUUGGGAAUCUACAAUGAACAUUAAUUAUGGAGGAGUCGUUAGGGGCACUAUGUUGGCAAUUAAGUAUAUGGGCGCCCCGUAUGGCGGUAAGGGAGGAACUGUUGUCCAGACUGCAUCCAUAGCAGCUUUUUUACCGGGAGCAAUAGCUCCUAUGUAUAGGUCUACAAAAAGAGCUGUCGUGGAAUACACUAGAGCAAUCGGAGCCCCGGCAUCAUUCGAACAUUUGAAUGUCAGAAUUAUGGCAUUGUGUCCUGGGUUCGUGGACACACCACUCAUUAAAGACCACACGCCUGAUCAAUAUUUAAUCAAAGAUUUCUGCCAAUUAGGCAAAGAAACAAUGGACAAGUUUCCCGUGCAAACGCCCGAUAAUGUUGGUAAAGCGUUGAUUGAAAUACUAAAAUAUGGCACUACCGGCGAUUGUUGGAUAGUCGAAAACAAUGAAAAUCCGAGACCAGCCAAUAUGCCGAACGUUCCAUACUAGUUUUUGUUGUUACAUUUAUUACAAUAAAGAAAUAUAUUUCAUAAAAAAAAACAUGUUUUAUCGAAAGUACUAUUAUUUGUUGUCUGUUGGUUAUAAUAAAAUGUGUUUGAUAAA